AUGCAAAAAGAGGCUGCAGAGCCAGGCGUACCAACUGCUGCAAGUAAAGAAAAACGAUUUCGCUGGGACAAGGACGAAAAGGUAAACAACUUGAUACGCUGCUUGGCGAACUACAAAAGCCAAUCGGAGUUCAAUAAUUGCGACUUCAAUGCCGAUAAAGUUAAGCAAUAUGAAGAAGUGCGUGUGGCGAUGGCCAAAAUUUAUCAUAAAGAUCCAUCACAAUUUGGUCCCGCAUCCGUUCUUUCAAGUCCAUUAAUAGCCGUGAGUGAUGCUUUACUUACUGAAGAGCAAAAGCGAGAAAAAGUAAAGUUAAAAAAGCAGCAGGACGAAGACAAGAAAUUCAUUAAAAGAGGAUACCAGCGUAUUCAUGAAAAGUUGAAAGAUAUUCGCCAAAAUUUUUCUAUUGCAAUCACCAGUGGUCGUCGUAGUGGUAGCGGGAAGGUCGUUCUAGAAUUCUAUGAUGAACUGGUACAAAUAUGGGGUGGCUCUCCUGCUACUGAACCUCUGUCGUGUGGAACAAGCACCGAAACAGUGAACAGUCUUGAGCAAAGUAUACUUGACAACAUGAAUCAAGAAGACGAAGAUUUUGGUCAUGAUGACCCUGUUAUUACGAAUGUAAGCAAAUCUUAUCUAAAUAUUAGUUUUUUUCUUUAUGUACCACAUAUUUUUUGAGAUUUUCAGUCACAAUCUUGACAUGUUUUAUAUGGCAUCAAAGUGACAAACUGUGGUUUAAGAAUAUUCUGUUAGCUAUUUAAUAUACAAAGUUAACAUAUACAAUGGCCUCUCAUUAUGUUGUCUGUGCAUUUAUGAUAGUAAUCUCACUCACCAUAUACUACUAAUACCAGAUUUCCCCAUAUACUACUAAUACCAGAUUUCCCCAUAUACAUAACAUCUUGGGAUAUCAUGCAUUAAAGUCUAUCCUGUUAUUUAGCCGCCUUCACAGAGUGUAGAAACUGUAGAUGAUGGUCUGACUGAAGCCCCUGCAUCAGUAAUUGAUAAAACAGUCACCGAUUCUAAAAAGCGAAAAGCUGAAACAGUUAAGCCUGCAAUUCCACAACUGAUUGACAAUAAAAGAAAACACAUGGAGCGCCAGUUGAGUGCUGCUCAACGAGAUCAGCUGCUUAUGCAAGAAUCAAAAGAGGAUUCCCAGUUUAAAAAGGAUAUGACAGAAGCUAUUAAGCAGUCUGAUCAGACAUUUGCCAAUGCAAUGCAGCAAAUGAGCCAAUCUAUUGUUCAGGUAGCUGAAGGCUUGACGCAAUCCAUGAAAGUAAUAAGUCAAGGUUUCAUGCAGCCUGUGAUGCAGUCAAACAAUCAACAACAAGCGUUUACACUUUAUCAGCCCCCGUAUACUGGCCUAACUUCUAGUGCAGCUGUUUAUAAUAACUUUGGCACACAUCAGUUCAACUUUGAAGAUGGUACAUCACAGAUAUCUGGUAGCUCUGAAAAAAGUACUUAUCAUACUCUGUAA